AGUAUUUCGCGAGGUUUACUAAAGGACGGACUUAUGGAUGGAUUUCUCUGUGAAUUUAGUGGAUUUGGUGGUAUUUGUCGUGGCAUUUGGGGUAUCGGUGCUAAUUGGGGUUUAUUAUGGAUUUGUGUCGAAAAAGAAGCAAAACACCCCCACUGAGUAUCUCUUGGGUGGUCGUAGGAUGGGUAUCUUCCCCGUGGCGGCAUCCCUUGUGGCUACACAACUGUCGGGACCAUCUCUCUUGGGGAUGCCAGCAGAAAUUUAUGCCUUUGGCACACAAUACUGGCUUAUCUUCUUGCCAGCCACGAUAAUGACAAUUGUUGUGAUUAAAAUACAUCUUGGAGUGAUAUUUGAGCAGAGAUCUCUGUCCAGCUUCACGUACAUCCAACGGAGAUUUGGAUUGCGCGUGAAGAAGAUGAUGAGUGCAAUUUAUGCUCUGUCCAUCAUGCUAUUCCUCCCAGUGGCCAUUUAUGUUCCAGCCUUGGCGCUAAAUCAAAUGACCGGGAUGGACAUUUAUGCCUCAGCCAUGAUACUCAGCAUUGUGUGCCUUUUUUACACCCUUGUGGGAGGCAUGAGGGCCAUUCUCUGGACAGAUACACUCCAGUUAGCAUUGAUGCUGACAGCAACACUAAUGGUCACUGUUCUUGCUAUCCACACAGCUGGUGGUGUCCAGAGAGUGUGGGAGGCUGCAGAUCGAGGUGGUCGAUUAAUUUUCUUCAACAUGAACCCCAGUCCUGUGGUGAGGGUGUCCUUUUGGACAAUAGCUGUGGGCAAUCCAUUUGUUCUGCUUUUCCACUUGGGUCUCAAUCCCACCAGCAUCCAACGAUACAUAUCUCUCCCAAAGAUUGAAGAUGCAAAGGUGUGCCUGAUAGUCAUGAGCGUGGGCUAUGUCGUGUUCAAUGCUCUAUUUCUCAUCACUGGAUUGGCAAUCUAUGCAAAUUACGAGGAUUGUGAUCCCCUCAAAGUGGGUACAAUCCGGAAAAUAGACCAAAUCCUACCGCAUUUUGUGGUGAAUGAGGGUGUGGAAAUUCCAGGAUUGGCAGGAUUCUUUACAGCUGGGAUUUUCUCAGCCAGUCUCUCAUCCAUGUCAUCGUGUUUGAACACCCUCUCAGGCUGCCUCUAUGAGGAUUUCCUCGUUUCAGCACAUCAGCAUUUCACAGAACAACAGAAAAGUCUUCUGCUCAAGGGGAUUGUUCUGAUUGUGGGAGUUGUGCAAUUGCUUCUGGUUUUCUUGGUAGAUUCCCUGGGAGCGGCUGUUUUUCAGCUGACUGUGUCAGUGUUGAGUAUCAGUGGAGGGAUUGCCGUUGGACUCUUCACGGCUGGAAUGAUUCUGCCUAAGAUGAAUGAGCAUGGAGCUCUCUACGGAGGAAUAUGUGCAUUGUUGGUCGUGGGUGGUAUUUCUGUGGGUGCUCAGAUGCGUCUCCGGGAACCCACGUUGCCCCUGAGGAGUGACGGCUGUUCAAACAUCACAGCAAUAUCCGCUCAAUCCUACCCAGAAGCUCCAUCUGAAGAUGAUGAUGUCAGUUGGAUUUUUCGCAUAAACUACAUGUUCUAUGCUCUCGUGGGCUCUAUCCUUGUCCUCGCCGUGGGAUAUCCAGUGAGUUUGAUGACUGGAGGUCAGAGGGUGAGAGAUGAGGCUCUUCUUGCGCAAUUUCUCAGGAAACACCAACAGGAGGAGCGUCGGGAAAUUCAAUAUAGCGAUGUGAAUACGGAAAAUAAAUGACUUCAAUGGAUUGCA